AUGAGUGCUGAAGAUGAUGUGACCGAUUGCUCUAACAUUAAGGCUCACUGCUCAGUGCAAGAGGGGAGAUCAGCCUCUCCAAGUCCCAGCCAUGAGUCCAUGAGAAGUAGUCAGUCAAUGGGUCAUCCAUGGGACUUAAAAGAAUCCAGAAGCUCAAUACUGGAGAGGAGAUCAUCCUCUCCAAGUCCCAGCCAUGAGUCCAUGAGAAGUAGUCAGUCAAUGGGUCAUCCAUGGGAUUUAAAAGAAUUCAGCACUGCCUCACUCAAAUCAAAUCUCCUGAACAAGUUUCAUUGUUUAAAUGAAGGAACAUUAAAGGGUUUUCUCAUACCUCUCAAUGAGAUCUACACUCAGCUCUACAUCACAGAGAGUGAAGGUGGAGAAUUUAGUAAUGGACAUGAGAUCACACAGAUUGAAAAAACAUUCAGAAGAACUGCAGCAGAGGAAAGGCCAAUCAAAUGCAAUGACAUCUUCAAACCCUUACAUGGACAAACCUUUACCCAAGACAAACCCAUGAGAACUGUGCUGACAAAGGGUGUUGCUGGCACUGAAUUUAUUCUAGACUGGGUUGAAGGAAAAGCAAAUCAAGAUAUAGACCUCAUAUUUCCACUUCCUUUCAGGGAGCUCAAUUUGAUGGAGAACCAAAAUAUUUGUCUUGCAGAUCUCCUACACAUUUUCAUGGAAACCAAACCAAUUGAAAUAUCUCAAAAUUAAGGUAAAAUCCUUUUCAUUGAUGGUGAUUUAAAUGAAUCAGCCUCAGUGGACAUGCUGCUGACAAACCUCAUCAAGGGUAAUCUGCUUCACUCUGCACUCAUCUGGAUCACCUCCAGACCAGCAGCAGCUGAUCUCAUCCCCUCUGAGUGUGUUGAUCGAGUGACAGAGGUACAGGGCUUCAAUGACCCACAGAAGGAGGAAUACUUAAGGAAAAAAAUCAGAGAUCAGAUCCUGGCCAAUAAAAUCAUCACACACCUGAGGUCAUCAAGGAGCCUCUACAUUAUGUGUCAUAUACCAGUGUUCUUCUGGAUUUCAGCCACUGUUCUAGAGAGAACGUUGAGUGAAGCAUACAGUGCAGCGAUCCCCAGAAAUCUCACUCAAAUUUACACACACUUUCUGAUCAUUCAGAUAAACAAAAACAAAACAAAAAAUGAGAAAGACUAUGAUAAGAACAUGAAAGAUGAAGAUUUAAUUAUCACACUGGGUAAACUGAUCUUAGGUAAUCUGAUCUUCUAUGAGGAAGACCUUAGAGAAUGUGGCAUUGACGUACAAGAAGCGUCAGUGUUCUCAGGAUUGUGCACUAAGAUAUUUAGAGAGGAAUCUGGACUGUUUCAGCACACAGUGUACUGUUUUGUCCUGAAUCUGAGCAUUCAGGAACAUCUUGCAGCAUUAUAUGUGUACCUCUCCUUUAUGAAUCAAAACACAAAUGUAUUAGACCAAACAAGUCAAUUCACCAACAUUCUAAUUUGUGCUAAACAAGGUUCAACUGACUUGUAUCAAAUAGCUGUGAAAAAAGCCCAACAGAGUACCACUGGGCAUUUAGACCUUUUCAUCUGCUUUCUUGUGGGCCUUUUACUGGAGUCCAAUCAUAAUCUCUUACAAAACCUGUUAACAGAACCAGGAAGCAGCUCCCACAGCAAAAAAAAAAAAAUUGCUCAGUUUAUCAAGACAAAGAUCAAAGAGAACCCUUCCCUAGAGAAAUCUAUCAAUCUUUUCCACUGCCUAAAUUAAUUGAAUGAUCAUUCUCUAGUGGAGGAAAUCCAGGAUUAUCUAAAAUCAGGAUCAAGAAUAAAUACUAAACUCACAGCCUCACAGUGGUCAGCUGUGGUCUUUGUAUUGCUGACCUCAGGGGUAAAACUGGAUGUGUUUGACUUUGUUAAAGAAUACGUAGGAUCACAUAUCUUGCCAGAUGAAGUUCUUCAAAGGCUACAGCCAGUGGUUGAGGCAUCCAGAACAGUAAAGCUUUGUGAAUAUAACCUGACAAAGAGAGGCUGCACCACUUUGAUUUCUGUUCUCAUCUCAAAGACUUCAUGCCUGAGAGAGUUGAACAUAAUGAGCUGUAAUUUAAAAGAUUCAGGAGUGAGGCUAUUCUGUGCUGGAUUGGCGUAUUCUCAGUGUCAGCUGGAGAAACUGAGGCUGGAGUCUUGUGAUGUUUCUAAUAAAGGUUGUGCUGCUCUGGCCUCAGCUCUGAGAUCAAACCCUUCACACCUGAGAGAAUUGGAUCUGUCUAGAAAUAAACUUAGAAGCACAGGAGUGAAGCUGCUCUCUGCUGAAUUGGAGAAUCCACUAUGCAAACUUGAGAAAUUAUGGCUUCUGGAUUGUCGAAUCACAGAUGAAGGUUGUGCUGCUUUGGCCUCAGCUCUAAGAUCAAAGCCCUCACAUCUGAAAGAACUGAAUCUCUCUCGGAAUACAUUAGGAGAUUUAGGAAUGAAGCUGCUUUCUGAAGGACUGGAGAGUCCUCACUGUAAACUGGAGAUAUUGCUGUUGUGGCAGUGUGGUAUCACAGAUGAAGGUUGUGCUGCUCUGGCUUCAAUUCUGAAAUCUAACCCCUCACAUCUGAGAGGGCUGGAUCUGUCUGGAAACAAACUUAAAAACACAGGAGUGCAGAGGCUUGAACUUGAGAAUUCUGACUGUAUUCUCGAGAUGCUAAGGCUGAGGGAUUGCAGCAUUGCAGAGAACGGUUAUGUUGCUCUGGCUUCAACACUGAGAUCAAACCCCUUACACCUGAGAGAAUUGGAUCUAUCCAAUAAUAAACUGAGAAGCUUAGAGUUAAAAAUGUUGUCCACUGCAUUGGAAAAUCCUGACUGUAAACUGGAAAAGUUUGGCAUACAGUAUUGUGGUAUCAUGGAUGAAGGGUGUGUUGCUCUGGCAACAGCUCUAAAAUCAAACCCUUCACACCUGAGAGAACUGGAUCUACAUGAAAAACUAGGAAGUUUAGGAAGAUGGCUGUUCUCUGAUUUGAAGGAUGACCCACCAGACUAUAAACUGCAAACACUAAAGUAUUAA